AACUCGCCAGGAGAGAAUGACUCUGAGAAACAGCUCCUCAGUGACUGAGUUUAUCCUUGUGGGAUUAUCGGAACAGCCGGAGCUCCAGCUCCCUCUUUUCCUUCUGUUCUUAGGGAUCUAUGUGCUCACUGUGGUGGGCAACCUGGGCUUGAUCACCCUAAUUGGGAUAAAUCCGAGCCUUCACACCCCCAUGUACUUUUUCCUCUUCAAUUUGUCCUUUAUAGAUCUCUGUUAUUCCUGUGUGUUUACCCCCAAAAUGCUGAAUGACUUUGUGUCAGAAAGUAUCAUCUCUUAUGUGGGAUGCAUGACUCAGCUAUUUUUCUUCUGUUUCUUCGUCAAUUCUGAGUGCUAUGUGUUGGUAUCGAUGGCCUAUGAUCGCUAUAUGGCCAUCUGCAACCCCCUGCUGUACAUGGUCUCCAUGUCUCCAAGGAUCUGCUUUCUGCUGAUGUUUGGUUCAUACGUGGUAGGGUUUGCUGGGGCCAUGGCCCACACUGGAAGCAUGCUGAGAUUGAGCUUCUGUGAUUCCAACGUCAUUGACCAUUAUCUGUGUGAAGUUCUCCCCCUCUUGCAGCUCUCCUGCACCAGCACACGUAUCAAUGAGCUGGUAUUUUUCAUUGUUGUUGGAGUAAUCAUCACGCUAUCCAGCUUAAGCAUCGUCAUCUCUUACGCUUUGAUACUCUCCAACAUCCUCCGUAUUCCUUCUGCAGAGGGCAGAUCCAAAGCCUUUAGCACAUGUAGCUCCCAUAUAAUUGCUGUUGCUCUGUUUUUUGGGUCAGGGGCAUUCACCUACUUCACAGCAUCUUUUCCCAGCUCUGUGAACUAUGGCGGAUUUGCCUCAGUCUUUUACACCAAUGUGGUUCCCAUGCUUAACCCUUUGAUCUACAGUUUGAGGAAUAAGGAUGUUAAACUUGCCCUGGGCAAAACCCUGAAGAGAGUGCCCUUCUAAUGGGUCUCUCUGUAUCACUGGCAACUGGUUCU